AUGGGUGUUACUGAAGAAAAGAAGAGUCUUCUUGUGCCAAGCAAAGACGAUCCAAAAACUGGAUAUGGAUCUAUUCCUAACAAAGAAGCUGGUGUAUCAGGAUACCAAACAAAGCCCAAAAAACGGGUUGAAGCCAAACCUAAGUCAGAGGCUGAAAGUAGACCAACAGUAUCGAUUUGGAAACUAUUCAAAUACAGUAAAAAGGUGGAUGUCUUCUUGAUGUGUUUUGGCUCUUUAUUUGCUCUCAUUAAUGGGGCUGGAUGGCCAUUACUUGCUCUUGUGUUUGGAGAAAUGACAAAUAGCUUUCUUCUGCAAACACCGGUUCCUCAACAAAAUGAAAGCAUUUUUAACUAUACAUAUGAAACUCCACUUCUCCAACAGAGUGCUUUUGACAAUCUUCCACUUGACCUCUUUGAAGAAUACAUGACAACUUAUGCAUUAUAUUAUGUAUAUAUUGGAAUAGCAGUAUUUGUUGCUUCUGUGAUGCAAAUACUAUGCUGGUCCUUAGCUUGUGAGAGACAAGUUUAUAUAUUGAGACAGGAAUUUUUCUAUCAAGUUCUUAGACAAGAGAUAGCAUGGUUUGAUAAGCAGCAAAGUGGAGAGCUAACAACCAAGCUAAAUGAUGAUCUUGAGAGAGUUAGAGAAGGGAUUGGUGAUAAAUUCAGUAUGCUCAUACAGUUUGGCUCUACAUUUGUAGCUGGUUUUGUUGUUGGUUUUGUAAAAGGAUGGCAAUUAACCUUAGUGAUAAUGGCUCUAUCACCAUUGAUGGCUUUGUCUUCAGCAUUUUUGGGAAAGAUGAUUGCUACAUCAUCAGCUAGAGAGCAACAAAAAUAUGCAAUUGCUGGAGGCAUAGCUGAAGAAGUUCUUUCAAGUAUGAGAACUGUCACAAUAUUUAAUGGGCAAGAAAGAGAGGUAAAGAGGUAUAGGGAAGCUCUCAUCCAAGGAAUGCAAAUUGCAAUCCGAAAGUAUUUCUUCAUUGCUUUUGCUUUUGGAUUUACAUUUUUAGUUUUGUAUGGAUCAUAUGCAAUUGCUUUCUGGUUUGGAGCAAAUUUUGUUUUGGACAAUAAAAUGACACCAGGUGAUGUUUUUUCAGUAUUUUUUGCCGUAAUGAUUGGAUCUUUUUCUCUCGGUAAUGCUAUGCCUCAUUUAACAUCAGUGGCAACUGCAAAAGGAUCUGCGGGUAGAAUAUUCCAAAUCAUGGGACAGAAACCGAAAAUUGACCCUUAUUCCAAUGAAGGUUUGCAGCCCAGUGAAUUCUCAACAAAUAUUGUUUUCCAAAAUGUGAACUUUUUUUAUCCAACACGAAAAACUGUUCAGGUUUUAAAAAACUUUACACUACGCAUAAAGGAGGGACAAAUUGUGGCAUUAUGCGGUGCUAGUGGAAGUGGCAAAUCCACCAUUGUGAACUUGAUUUUGAGAUUUUAUGACCCAGCUAAAGGAAUCAUUACAUUAGGUGGGCACAGUUUGAAGUCUUUGAAUGUUCACUGGCUGCGAUCAAAAAUUGGUAUUGUUAGCCAAGAGCCUGUUUUAUUUAGUGGUACAAUAGCGAAUAACAUUGAAUAUGGGCAUCAAGGAGUUUCACUAACUGAUAUCAUUACUGCUGCAAAAAUGGCUAAUGCUCAUGAUUUUAUCGUUCAACUGCCUAAGGGUUAUGAUACUUUGGUUGGGGAAAGAGGAGCACAAUUAUCUGGUGGUCAAAAGCAAAGAAUUGCCAUUGCAAGAGCUUUAGUACGUGAUCCACGAAUACUUCUUUUAGAUGAAGCAACUUCUGCUUUAGAUUCUGAAAGUGAAGCUAUUGUCCAGCAAGCUCUUGAUAAGGCACAAAAAGGUAGGACUACAAUAGUUGUAGCUCAUCGCCUUUCUACAAUUAAAACUGCUGAUGUUAUUUGUGCAAUGGAAAAUGGUAUGAUAAAAGAACAAGGAACUCAUGAUGAAUUAAUGAAAAAACAUGGCUUAUAUUAUCAAUUAGUAACGAACCAGAUGUUCAUUGAUGAAGGUCAUGAAGAUCAAGAAUGCUUUUCUGAUGAAGUGAGUAAAAGUGGGUCUGAAAUAGUUGAAAGUCUCAAACUAGCAAAAAGAUCUAGAUCUAGAUCAAGAUCUUUAAUUCAUGAAAAUCACAGACUAUUAAGUCGACUUGAAAGUGAAGUAGAAGAGGAAGAUAUUGAAAUUCCAUCUGGAUGGCGCAUUUUAAAAGAAAGCAAGAAAGAGUGGAAAGAAGUUAUUGUGGGAUCUAUAGCAUCUAUUGUUGUUGGAAUAGUUAUGCCCACAUUUGCCAUUUUUUAUAGUGAGAUAUUUAAUACUUUUACUUUAACUGGAAAUGCUUUGAGAGAAUCUGCCUUUUUUUGGUCAAUGAUGUUUUUAGCCUUAGCAGUUGCCACAGCUUUGGGACACAUUUUUCGAACAAUAGGCUAUAGCAUAGCUGGAGAAAGAUUGACAAAAAAUUUGAGAGAACAAGCAUUUAAAAAUAUUUUACGCCAGGACAUAAGUUGGUUUGAUGAUGACCGGCAUACAACUGGUAAAAUUACUACGAGGCUUUCUACUGAUGUUCCCAUGGUAAAAAGUGCAGCAGGAAUUCGCAUUGGUACUGUUAUUUCUGCGGUUGUUACAUUACUUGCUAGUCUUGCCAUUGCUUUUGUGUUUGGAUGGAAAUUAGCACUGGGCCUUAUUGUUGUUGUGCCCAUUCUACUGGUUGCUGGUGGCAUACAACUUAAAAUUUUGAAGGGAAAUCAAAAGCGAGAUGCUGAAUUGAUGUCUGAUGCAGGAGAUGUUGCUUGUGAAGGUCUCGAGAACAUCAAAACCGUUCAGGGUCUGACUCUCGAAGCUGCUUUUUAUGAAAGAUAUGUUGGUCAUCUUCUUUUGCCUUACAUGGAGAACAAAAAGAAUGCUAAAGUAUAUGCAUUUGCGUACGCAUUUUCUCAAGCUAUCAUGUUUUUUACAUAUGCAGCUGCUUUCCGCCUUGGGGCAUACUUGGUUUCAUUAGGUGAUAUGGAGCCAGUAAAUGUGUACAGAGUAUUUUUUGCUAUGGCAUUCAGUGCAGUUUCUGUUGGUCAGUGGUCAUCUUAUUUGCCAGAUUACACUAAAGCAAAAUUAUCUGCUGGACUUGUUUUUCAUCUUAUAAAUACAGUACCAAAAAUUGACAGCAGCAGCAAAGGAGGAAUUAAACCCGAUGUCUCUGGAACCAUAACCUUUAAAGAUGUGUUUUUUCGCUAUCCAAAUCGAAGAAAUGUCCUGGUUCUUCAAGGUAUUAAUCUUACUGUAAAAUUUGGGGAAACUGUAGCGUUAGUUGGACCUAGUGGUUGUGGAAAAAGUACAAUAAUCUCUCUUAUUGAGCGUUUUUAUGAUCCAGAGAGAGGGCAGGUGUUAAUUGAUGAUUUUGACAUAAAAACUUUGAAUCUAAAAUACAUGAGAAGUUUCAUAUCUGUAGUUAGUCAAGAACCAGUGCUGUUCAACUGCUCAAUAAAAGAAAAUAUUAUUUAUGGCAUUGAAGGGAAAGUAACGCAACUUGACAUUGAAAAAGCAGCUCAAGUUGCCAAUAUUCAUGAAUUUAUUGCACAACUUCCACAGGGUUAUAAUACAGUUGUAGGAGAGAGAGGGACUCAACUUUCAGGCGGUCAGAAGCAACGAAUAGCUAUUGCAAGAGCUUUAGUGAGGAAACCAAAAAUUCUUUUGUUGGAUGAAGCAACCUCUGCCCUUGAUACUGAAAGUGAAAAACUGGUACAAGAUGCAUUAGAUCAAGCAAGAAAAGGUAGAACAUGCAUUAUUAUAGCUCAUCGGUUGUCUACUAUACAAAAUGCUGAUUGCAUAGCAGUUGUAGAUCAUGGAAAAAUUGUUGAAAAAGGAACCCACGAGGAAUUGAUGAAUCUUAAAGGAACAUACUACAACUUGGUCAAAAAGCAGUGCAUGUGACUUUAAAAGAAUUUUCUCUUCUGUUGAUAAGCUAAAUGCAGUAUAACUAUAGGUUUAUACUGUGAACCAUUCUCAGAAAAACAUUAAAAUUAUUUCUUAUUAAAGUACUCAAUUAGUUAAUUUUUUAAAUUCUGAAAUUGUGAGGAAAACAACCACAUCUAUAAUGAUCUUUUACUUUAUUGCCGUACAAUUGUAGCUUCAAUAUUUUUGUGCUUAAAUUAUUAAGAAAUAUAAAUAACAUUUUCUAAAAAUACAUUUGAGGCAGUGAGAAACAAAGGGAUGUAAGUGAUAAAAUUAAAAAUUUGGAGAUAACCAGUACAAAAAGUAGGUGAAUCUUUCCUCUGUUUCGGAGCAAGAGAUAGUGCUAGUAGUCCUAGUAGGUGCUGCUGUAUAGCACAAUUUAGAAAAAAUUCAAUGAUAGCCUACCUAGGACUGCAACUUUAAACAUGUUUUACUCAACACUUGAAAAUGUCCACUUGCAUCUCCACUGCAUCAUUUGUUACCAUUUUAUGUCUGAAAAUUAAGAUGGAAGUGCAUUUUUUUGGUAUUAUUGAUUUGAAUGCUCAGGUUUUUCAUAUGAAAUCUACAUGUAAUAUUGAUGUGCAGUCACUUUUGAAAGAGUUUUGUCGCAGCUCUUCUUUGUUUUUUACUCUGAUGUUCUUACAAAUGUGAUCUAUAUUUAUUUACAUUUUUAUAUGAAACUCACCUCAUCUUGACAUUGUAUUAUAGCAUUUUAUAUGUGAUGUAUUGUUUAUGAUAUUUGUUAUGCUAUGACAUUUACUUUGGCUUAAUUUAAUGUAUUACUACACAUUUUAUAGAAUGAAAAAAUAUCUUUUUACUGAAUAUUAUUUCAAUCAAAAUUUUGAAAGCAUUGUUUAAGUAAGCUUUUGAAUGCAAUCACUUUUAUAAUGUUAAGAAUUUUUACCAUCAAUUGUUUGACUUAUAAAUUUUAUUUUAAUAAAUAAUGUUUCUGCAAAACAUAUUAUUUACUAAAGCUAAGCAAUAAAGAUUCUCUGCAGUUCAGAUUAUUCCUUUAAUUUAUAAAUGUAAACUAGGUUCAAGAACCUUUCUUGUUAAGUUCAGAGAACCAUUUUUAA